AUGGAGGCUGGAGGGGUUGAUGUAGAUAUCCAUCCCGGAGAAACCUCUCCAAUUGAAUCCGAUACAAAUGAUUUGAAUUACGGAUAUGAUCUGCACCAAUCGACUGUAGAAUUCCCCUCUAACGAUCCAUCUAGGUUAUUGGGGCGUGGCGUUAGGUUGUACAAACAGAACUUGGUAGAGGCUACUAGCAGCGAUUAUUGUAUGUCACCGCAUAUAGUUGAUGGAUAUUUUUCUCCAUCUGUACAUUCACAAUGCGAUUCAAAUACAUGGAGUAACGAACGCGUUUCGGUCAAAUCGCUUGUAAAUUCGUUUAAUAAACAAAUCGCUAGUCACAAAUCAUCGGCUGACAAGUCAUCAGACAAGUCUUCGGUUGAUCAUGGAAAUUCACCCUUCUUAACGUACACUUCUUCGAUAGAAGAUGGGAUUAUAAAUCAUUCUGAAUUCCAUUCAUCGCCUACAGGCCGCACCUUGCCAAUGGGACCAGAAAACUACAAUUUUUAUCAAAUGAUUCAACAGCAGGACAACCACAUAAAUUAUCCUAACAAUUUUAACGACACUAAAAUUAUCCAUGAUGGCCGCCGUAACCUCUUUUCUAUUGGAUACAACCAUUUGUUACAUAACGACAUGUUUGACAUAUCAUACAUGGCGGAAAGGGGUAUGAUUUAUAGCUUUAAUCACUUCAAUGGAGCAUAUACCGAUCAACAUGAUACUUGUUCAUUGGUGGGGAUGAAUAGAUCGGGUCGCAAACAAAGCAUUGGUUUCAAGAAUUCCUUUUCAAAUAGCGAUCGCAUAUUUGUGAUAAAACGAGGGUUGGCCAGGAUAUGUUGGGAGCCGGAUUUUGAAUGGCAGACAAUUGGGGUUGCCAUAUUUGAAUGUGACCAGUCAAAUAUUGAUUUUCAUAAUGAACAGUUACCUCACUCAAACAUCUCAAACUUCCCCACCUUCAACCUAUCCAACUCUAUCUUAUUUAACUUUUCCAAUCCUGAUCAUUAUGAUCGGGACGAAUACAAUUUUGGAGGUCAAGAGUCCGAAAAAUAUCUAAUUACUUACUCGGAUCCUACUUUAUGGGAUGUAUCUAAAACUAUCGUUAAUGGUUCUUACAUUAGGGCAUUUAAAAUUGAACAAUAUGGCAACAAAGACUCUCUCACUUUAUUAAAUAUGAUCAAAUCUGGAAUUCAAAAAUUAUUUCAACCAUUUCUGAUCGAUGAGACGUGGUCAUCCUUCAAGGCUUAUCCACUUGAUGCCAAUUCUACACCUCUGGCGGAUCCAGCCGUUUCUACUAGCGUUGGCAUAGAUGAUUCAGAGAGGGGGAAACCGGUAAAAUUGUUUGUCGAAUUUAUAGAGGAGUUUAAGAGCACCCCUCAGCCCUCGCCCGCGCGUCAAAGCAAGCCAACUAGCGUAAAAGACCUCACGCUAGCCGUUAAUGUAUUCUCACUCGUCAAAAAGAGGCACUAA